AUGUCACAAGAAGAUCGGAAAUUCAUGCAGUCUUUGGAACAGUACCUAAAGAUUGUCCCGCCAAUGGAGACCCAUGCUCUGCAGAUGGUUCAUACUGCCUGCUACAUUUCUGCGGCAACUUGGCUGUGCUUGUUAGCCUUGUCUUCCAUCUACUUGAUCCUCUUUCUACAGAACUUCUGGGGUCAAAUUCCUGAUGCUUUUACCUGUGAAUCCAGGCACAAUUCCCCACUCAGUGUGACCUACAAAAGUAUCCACUGUAUGACCUUUGUGAGCUUCAUUUUUGUCCUGGUAUCUCUGAUUCUGCUAUACUGGAAGACUCAUCAAAAGCUCAGAGAAGUUCAGUUCUCUUCACAGGUUAGUUUCGGAAGCCAAACAUUCAAAACGUCUAAGCACAACAUGCUAGUGCUGGUGGUCAUUUUCUGUGUGUGCUUUGUUCCCUAUCAACUGGUGAAACUGCCAUACAUAUUCAUCAAACCCCUGCUGUGUGAUUGUACAGCAGUCCAUGCGUACUACAUCCUGAAGGAGCUCACCAUCCUGCUCACAGCACUAAAUGCCUCCUUGGAUCCACUUAUUUGCUUUUUCUUUUGCAAGACCUUCAGAUCCCAGUUUAAUUUUAGAGGUGGUCAACCUUUGUCAGAGGAUUAG